AUGACGCUCAUCCCUUGCGCCAGGCAACUGAUCCCUGUCGCCCAACCCAACGCUCUCCCCGAAGUGACGGAGCAACCUACCAAGCACGACGAGUACGCCCACCUCUUCAACGAACGCUUCAAGUCAGUACGCAAGUCGCGACCAGCUUCCUCAUCGGAUGCCAAUGCCCACCACGACGAGACGGCAUGGCUCGAGAGCGUCGUGGGCAACCAAGGCGAAGACGAACUGGAACAAAUCAAGCCAGCCAAGGGCAAGCUCACCAUCCAAUUCGGCCAACGAUAG